UUUGUGUACGUGCAACACGGGCUGUUGUCGCGAGGCGGAUAUUAAUCUGUUGUAAGUGCUUCGAAUAAAUACAAUGUCUCUAUGGCACAAAUGGAUACCUGCAAGGAAUUUCGUAUAGGAAGCACCGGAUAUGCUUAUACGCAUUUCUUUCACAUCCAUCGCUUGGACAACAACAAAGUGAAUGCAAAUGAACGGCUACAUUUGAAAUUUUACGUGUUGGCACCAAUGGAUGCGCAUAUCUUGUUGGCGACCACUGACAGACCCAGCAUAAGGGACCGUGUCUAUGAAGUGGUAAUUGGCGCCGGUAAAAAUUCCUUCUCCACCAUACGUAUCCGCAUGGGUUCUAAUCGCAUGUCCACAAGCACGGAACCAGGAAUUUUAGCAAUGUACGAUCCGACGCCCAUAGAAAUUAUACAAACGAAGGAUGGCACACUUUCCGUUUAUAUACCGGGCUAUAAAAAGGAACCCCUGUUAAAUUACACCGAUCCAGAAGCUUUGGAACUUAACUAUCUCAGCUUCAGCAGUUUUGGCUUGGCAACGGCGAAAUGGUAUUACGACUGCCAAUUUGAUGGUUUCGCCGAGGAAAUGGAAGAGGAAGUACAUCAACUCGACGCGUAUCACGCUUUGCUCGCCAAUCUGACUAAGAAAUCAGCGAAUAAGUCCGUGCCCAUGGACAUCGAAUCGGUUAAUUUUGCAUUUCAAUUGAAAUCAGUUGUUUAUAAUCACGAAAAGUCAAUUCUACACACACGUUUGCAUCUGACGUUGAACUGGCAGGACACGCGCCUCACUUGGAAUGCCGAUGAGAAUGAAAUUGCCGCCAUUAGUUUUAGUUACAAAGAUGCAUUGGCGAUGCUUUGGAUACCUGAUAUGAUAGUCCUAAACGCCGCCCAUGGCAGUAAUACACAGCAUGAAUCUGAUAUUGCUCUAGUGAUCUAUGCUAACGGUAGUAUAACAAUGGUCAAUACUAAUGCGGAAUUUAGCACCUGGUGCGUUGAUGCGAAACACAAUUGGCCACACGAACGUCUAAAUUGUGGUCUGCUCAUGGGCUUGGAAACAUUUUCGCCGUAUAAGCAUGAGCCGAUCACUUUGAAAUAUGACAAUACAGUGCCACUGCCUGUCGAACCGUUCAACAUGUUGAGCGAGUGGCAUUUUAGGCAGUUAAGUAUAGCCGAGAUUGUGAGUAACGAUGACAAAACGAGUCGUUAUAGCGCUAAAGCAAUUGCGCGUACAAUAAAUGGUGAUCUCUCGUUGGGUUUCACAAUCGAACGAAAUAGCGGGUUCUACAGGAAUGUCUUUACGAUGCCAAUUUUAGCUUGUGAAACUUUACUUGUGCUCUCAUUCCUCCUACGCGGCUACCGACGCGGUGGUCUCAUACUUGUCGUUGUCUUCGUGUUAUCCUUGGGUUUCAUGUUUGUUACGAGACAUGCGCCGACCGCGUAUAUACCCAACAUAUUGCAUGCAUAUCGCCAUGUGAUGAGAACUGCGACCUUCUGUUAUCUAUUGCAUGUGGCUCUAAUGUGGCUGGAGCUUUAUCCGCCUAAGGCGAAACCUUUCGAUUGGAUGCUGACUUUGAUUAAUGUUUCAGCUUUGAGAUUGUUACUCUGCAUGCGUUUGGUGGAUUGCGAUCAAUAUGUAAGCAUUCAGACACAACCUUGGCGUGAAUUGGCGAAAAUGAUCAACAAUUUCUGUUUUGUUAUUGUCAGUGGCAUUUUCAUAAUAAUCGAUAUAUUGCUGUUGCCAAACUUUUAAGCAAAUAAUUCACUAAAAAACGGAUGCUAUAAAUUUACAAACAUAUGUAUGUGAAUUUUAGAAAAUAUUAUUAAAAUAAAAUACUAACAUUAUAAGAAUUUUUGUGGGCGAAGCUCUCACUAGAUAAAGCUAAAGAAAAGCUAUUUAAUUGAGAGAGAGAAAAAUUGAAUUAAUUCCCUUAGCUCUGCACUAUUUCUAUGGAAUUGUAUUAAAAUUUAUUGUCAAUUAGUGAGCUCUUUUUAUGUAAUAUUAUGUAAUUUUUCUUGCCUCCUCAGAGCUUUUUUUUUAACUCAAAAAUCCGAAAAUAACAAUACGAGUACACGUAAAUAUAUUUUUUAACGAAAAAAGUUCACAUAGCAUUUUAUUUAUUUUAUUAUAAAGAAUAUAAAAAGCAAUUAAUAAAUAAAAUAUAAUUUUGCAAAGUGUAUAUAACUGUAAUUGAGUUUAUAUAGAAUUGAUCCUUGUAUUUGCCACAUUAGGAAAUCCGUUUUGAGAUAUGAA